AAUUAUUGUAUCAUUGUAGGUCAUCACACUAUUGUAAGUUUAUAACUGUUUGUGACUGAAAUAUACGAUUGGUUGAUUGAUUUACAUCAAAUUUAUGAGUUAAUAGAAAUAUUGUAUUUUAACCAUGAACAAAUCUUUAAUUAAAAUUAACCCUGGUGCCCUUGUUUGUAAUGAGGCUGAAAUCAGUGGUGAUGUUUCCAUUGGUGUCAAAACAGUUGUUCACCCAAAAGCAAGGAUAAUUGCGGACAAAGGUAGUAUUAUCAUUGGCGAUGGUAAUUUGAUAGAAGAGCAGGCUACUAUUAUUAAUUGUCAUCCUGGUCGCACAUUAGUAAUUGGCCAUUGUAAUGUUUUUGAAAUAGGCACUUAUGUUGAAGCUAUUGCAAUCGGUAGCAACAAUGUUUUUGAAGCUAAAACAUUUAUUGGACCAAACAUUGAAGUAACAGAUGGAUGUGUAGUAGGUGCUAUGUGCCGAUUGACUGGAAAAGAAAAACUUAAUGAGAAUACAGUGAUAUAUGGAGAAAAAUGUUCGAGAAGAAUUGCUUUAGAGAAACCAGCUCAACAAAUACUUCAAUUAGACUUUUUAGCAAAAAUCCUUCCGAACUAUCACCACAUGAAAGGAAAGAGUAAAUAAAAUCUAGUAAAUUUUCUUCGAAAAUUUGACUUGUUAACAAUAUGCGACACAUUAAAAUUACGGCAAAUUUUGUUUUUAGAUUAUUUUGCUAUUUCAUUAAAACCGAGUUACGUCACAAAUUUUUGGUAUAUUGUUACAUCAGAUUCGUAUUUAUCGAGAUAAAAUACGAUUUACUAUGUCAAUACUUUUAUCACGUUUUGAUUUUUAUAAGCAUAAGUUAUCGCUUUCAGGAUUUAGCUAAAGAAACAUAAAAAAUAUUACUAAAAGAAAACUUAUACAUUUAUUUAUUUAAUAUUGUUUAAUUUAUUUUUUAUAUUGUAUUUUAGUGAAUGCUGCGAUUUCAAAUUUAGUGAAUGUACAAUUUUUUUUUUAGUAAGAAAUAUUGAGUCUGCUCUA